UAUUUAGACAACGUUCGAAUAUUUUCAUGAUUAGAUAUAUAUAACAUCGUUUAGAAACCGUUCGUAUCACAGGUACUAGUUUUCGACGGACUAAGAUCGUACUGGUUUCACGAUACUCAUACAAACGAUGAGCUAUGAAAAAUUGAUUAGUUUAACAACCGACUCACGUACUGCAUCCAUUUCCUUUUCCUUUCGUUAUAGGUCUUUAAAAAGAAUGAAAGGCUUCGAAAGUGAAGAAAUAUAUAUUUUCUGCUUGUCAAUUGUGACAAAAGUAAAGACCCGAGUGAAACAUGAUGAUACAGUUAUAGUAUGCUCUUUAAAGGUGUGUCAUUUGGCUUAAUACGUACACGUACGUAUACGUACACCUUCGAAAAGGAAAGAAAAGAAAAUCUUACCUGAAUAAAUGAUCAAAGCAGGUAGAACAUAAAACUCGUCCUUUACGUUUCUAUUUUCCGAUAUAUCGAAUACUCGAGUUAAAGAGAGAAGAAAGAAAACGGAGUUUCUUUAUGCGAAUCGAUGUCUAAGAUGAAGAGGAAGCUAAGUUGGAAUGAAGAAACGAUAUAUGCUUUGAACUUGUACAAGACGUUUCUUGGAUUGAUCGGAGUUUGGCCUUUUGGCGUGGAAAAUUUGUCGUCUAAGAUACGCUGGUCCCUGGCUAUGUUGAUACAAAUGAGUACGAUAGGCAGUCAAUCGUUAGAGGUUUAUCGACAUUGCGUAGAUCUCGAUGACACCAUGGACGCAUUUUUAAUGGAUCUAUCGUCACUCGUCAGUAUCUCAAAGUUGUUGCUGACGAGACUGAAUUAUCGACAUACUCGAUCCUUGCUAUCUUCUAUCGUCGAAGAUCUCUCAAUUUUGGAAGAUUCGAAUCAAAGGGAAAUCGUGAUGAGAUAUACCACCAGAGGAAGAAUCGUUUCAGCUGCUAUACUUUAUUUGGGUUACGCAUCUGGCAUGAGCUUUGUUUUCAGAACUCUACCGCUUCAUUACGUUCUGCCGGAAAAUAUCGAUCGAAAUGAGACGUACGAUGUAAAAGUAACCAGUUAUUUCUUGUCAACUUAUUGCGUUUUCGACGAUCAAUCAGGAUUUUGGCGUGCUGCGAUCCUUCUUCUUCAAACUAUACAGAUUUUUGUUAAUGCUACCUCUCACUGUGGAAACGACGGCUUCUUUUUCGGUAUUGCGAUGUAUCUCUGCGGUCAGUUCGAAGUACUCAGGAUGAAUUUUGCCAAUUUGGGGAGCGAGGAAAAUCUUUCUUGUAAAAAGAUAGGCGCACUUGUACGUAGACACUGUCAUUUGAUUCGUCUUGCUGAUAACCUGGAAGAGGCAUUUAACAUGAUAAUACUGAUACAAUUGUUGAUGAGCGCUUUACUUCUCUGCAUCGAGGGCUUUCAAAUGUUGGUCUCGCUCGAUGCAAACGACAUCAUUGCAACUACCAAACACGCUGUCCUAAUCGUCACACUACUUGUCCAAAUAUUUAUCUAUUCUUACGCAGGUGAUAUGCUCGAAUCGAAAUCCGCCGAUUUAAUUCUCGGUGUUUACGAUUCUCCGUGGUACAUGUUCGACACGAGUGUCGUGAAAAAUCUAGCCUUUGUCAUUUUCUAUGGUAAAAUACCGCGUCAAGUGACAGCUGGCAAAUUCGUUUCUAUGAAUUUUUUCACUUUCAAAGAAAUUAUCAAAGCUUCGGCUUCUUAUAUUUCCGUAUUGAGAGUAGCGCUAUUCGGUAUACUCGUUUCUAUUCUGAUGGAAAUUCGACUGAAUUGUGGCACCGUCGACGAGACUCUGGAUUUUUUUGGUUUGUCCGCGUCAUCGGUGAUCAGUCUAACCAAACUAAUAUUGAUGAAGUUACAUCAGAAGGAUUUACGGAGGAUCGUCCUGUCGGCAUUGAAGGAUUGGUCCACGUUCGUCGAAGGAUCUUCGACAAAGGAUAUAAUGUUGAAAUAUACAAAUCGCGGCAAACUGGUAUGCCGUAUUCAGAUGGGUCUCGGUCUGGUUAUUAUUACAACGAUGAUACUGGAUGCUCUGCCAGCUUCGGAAUCAUCCCUUUCGGACAAUAGCACGUCUAAGGAAGAGAUCGUUAAACGAACGCCUCUUAAAAUGAUGUGCUUCUUCGGUAAUAUGUCAACGUCUACUUAUUGGACAGUUUUCGUUCUACAGGGAGUUCAACUGUUGGAUGCUGUAUUCGUCGACUGUGGGCACGACGUUUUCUUCUUCGGGAUUGCCAUGCAUAUUUGCAGUCAGUUCGAUGCACUCAAGAUAUUUUGCGACGAAUUAAACGUGGAAGACGAAGAGAAUCGUAUAGAGAAAAUCAAAGAAUUUAUCGAGAGACAUUCGCAUGUUUUGGAUCUUGCUCAUCGACUCGGGAAUACCUUCAAUUAUAUUCUUUUGGUAAUUUUAAUGGGCAAUGGGAUACAUAUAUGUUCAGCAGGGAUACAAAUGGUUGUGUUAUCGAAACAAAACGACAUAGUUUCUCUCCUUAAAGCAAUUCUUUUGUUCAACGUUCUUUUGGGACAACUUUUCCUUUACAGCUACGCUGGGGAUUAUCUGUCAUCGUUGUCCAAUAACGUCUGCCAUUUAAUUUACAAUUGCCCCUGGUACGAAUUCUCACCGAGUACUAUGCGGAAUUUAAAGUUCAUCAUUAUGAGAACGCAAAUACCAUUUCGUCUUAAAGCAGGAAGUCUAUCAGCAAAAAUGGAUAUGGAAGACGUUGUCUGGAAUACUGACGCCACGUAUGCUCUAGGAACGUAUAAAUUUAUAACUUGGACUACUGGCACAUGGCCUCUACAGGAUGAAGGGAUAUUCGCGAUGAUUCGCUUCACUAUUGCCUUCAUCUUGGAGGUAGUACAGUAUCUUUGCUUCAAAAAAAAUAACAAAGAUCGUUGCAAACAAGACGUACCAAUUGUUAUAGGUCGUAAAGGAAAUUACAAAUGUUUCAAGUGUAUUAAAAAUUUAGUGUCGUCUUGUCGUCUGUUUUUAAUUCGUACGCUUUUACCACAGUUUAGCUUACUCGCUUCCGUUCUGUUGGAACUCCGGCUGAACUGCGGCAACACGGACAAGACGUUGGAGUUCUUUGGAUUGACAGCAGGAAUGACAACGGGCCUAACAAAAUUAAUUUUCGUCAAGUUACACCAACAAGAUUUACGGAAGAUCCUUUUAUCGGCAAUUAAGGACUGGUCCUCGAUCGCAAAAGAUUCUUCGGCAAAGGAGAUAAUAUGGAAAUAUACCCAUCGGGGUAAGAUGGUAUGCCGCGUUCAAAUGAGCUUGGGUCUGUUAAUCAUUGCAUCAAUGAUAAUGGAUGCUGUGCCAACAUCAGACUUCUCUCAGCAGGACAAUAUCACUUCGAGCGAAGAGAACCUUAGACAGAUCCCACUCCGGACUAUGUGUCUUUUCGGCAACAUGUCAAUGUCUACUUAUUGGACAGUUUUCGUUUUACAGGGAGUCCAGUUAUUGAAUUCCAUAGCUGUUAAUAUGGGAAACGAUGUCUUCUUUUUUGCGAUCGCCAUGCAUAUUUGUGGUCAACUCGACGCACUCAGAAUUUUUUGCGAUAAUUUCAAAGCGAACGACGAGAAGGACCGAGUUCUGAAGAUUGAAAAAUUUGUUCGUAGACACUCCCAUCUGUUGGAACUUGCUCAACGACUCGAAAACACCUUCGCUAAUAUUCUUUUAGUGAAUUUAAUGACCGAUGGAUUGCACACUUGUUUAGCAGGAGUACAAAUCCUUACUAUAUCCAAUAAAAUCGACAUUGUUCCUCUCACCAAAAAAAUAUCGUUACAAAGAAUAAAGAGGUGUCGCUAUAGAUUGUCGAUCUUUUUACAUCGCUUCGCCAUAGAAAAGCAAAGACAAAGAAAAAGAAUAUCACUACGAUUACAAGUAUUAAACGUAAACAACUUUUUGGUUCUUGGUGCGUAUCAUCUGUGGUUUCGACAGUUCGGUGCAUUAGUUUCCGUUCUGAUGGAAGUUCGGCUGAGUUGCGGGAGCACCGACGAGACUCUCGAUUUCCUUGGAGCUGCAGCGUCAACGUUCUCCGGUUUGAUGAAACUAACUUUCAUCAAGUUGCACCGAGCGGAUUUACAAAAAAUUAUUUUGUCCGCGCUGAAGGAUUGGUCCUCGAUCAUUGCUAUUUCUUCGGUGAAGGAGAUAAUGUUGAGGUAUACGGAACGAGGCAAGUUGGUGUGCCGCGUACAGAUGAGCUUCGCACUGAUCAUAAUUUCAGCAAUGAUACUAGAUGCUUUACCAAAAUCAGAAUUAUCUGGAUCGGACAAUGACACUUCGAGCGAAGAUAUCGUUAAACGGAUACCUUUAAGGACAAUGUGCCUUUUUGGCAACAUGUCAACGUCAAUGCAUUGGACAGUCUUCUUAUUGCAGGCAGUGCAGAUGUUGAAUGCUGUUUUCGUCGAUACUGGAAAUGACGUUUUUUUCUUUGGAAUCGCUAUGCACAUUUGCGGUCAGCUCGAUUCACUCAAGAUAGUUUACAACGAAUUUAAAAUGUCGGAUGAAGAGAAUGGUGUUCAAAAAAUCAAGGAAUUCGUUGACAGGCACUCGCAUCUGUUGGAUCUUGCAGGAUUACUCGAGAAUACGUAUAAUAAUAUUCUUUUGGUAAUUCUAAUGACUAGUGGAUUUCACAUUUGUUUAGCAGGGAUACAAAUAAUGUUGUUAUCUAAACGAAACGAUGUAGUUCCUCUUGUCAAAGCUAUCGUAGCGUUUCUCAUCGUUUUAGGACAACUUUUCCAAUAUAGUUACGUCGGGAAUCAUCUUUUAUCAUUAUCGCAAGACAUUUGUCAAGUGGUUUCUAAUUGUCCUUGGUAUGAAUUCCCACCGAGUAUCGUUCGAAAUUUUGCGUUUAUAAUUAUGAGAGCACACGUACCGUUGUUUCUCACGGCUGGAAGGUUCUAUCCUAUGGACAUGGCGAGUUUCAAGAAUAUUUUAAAGGCUUCUUUUUCAUAUUUUUCUGUUUUACGAAUCGCAUUCGAAGAGUGAUGCUACGUGUUCCAUUUGUAAUAUAGAAAAU